ACGAAUAAGCGUUUUGAACACGUAUGAGCUGGACGUGAGAGCUCGCGCUGCGACAGCAUUUUGCGCGGGCGCAUCAAUGCAUCAGUUGCAAUAGAACCGAACCUUGGAGUGCUGUGUUUCUUAUGAAGUGCAAAAUAUUUCGCCUGUUCAGUUCAAGCUGAAGCCAUGGCCCACAAAACGGUGACAGAGACGACAACAAUAGAAGAAAAAGAAACCAACUUGCAGUACCAGCUGAGCCCGAGAGAAAAAAGGAAAACAUCCUCACAAAUUACGGACAAGGGAUUUCAGUCUAUCAGCUGCUAUGACCAGGUCAGGUCAAAGAACGAGGGAGAGAUAAUGUGUGCAGUCAGGGAGUGGGAGAAAAGAGUUGGCUUUGAAACACCAAUCCGCUGGUUCGACGCUGCCGCCAUCAUACUCUUCCAUUUCAUAGUCGCUAUAGUAGCGCCAAUAUAUCUCCUGUUCUUCCAGGGAAUUUACCCGUCAUGGCAAACUUGUAUUUUUUCGCUAGUGAUGGGCCAGUUAGCCGGUUUUGGAGUGACCGGUGGUGCGCACCGGUACUGGUGCCACCGCUCUUACAAAGCAAAGUGGCCUUUACAAAUCAUAUUGCUUUUAUGCUACUCUUUGGCUGGACAAAACGAUCUCUACCAAUGGGUGCGCGACCACAGAGUGCACCACAAGUUCUCGGAGACGUCCGCUGACCCGCACAACGCGAACCGUGGCUUUUUCUUCUCCCACGUCGGCUGGCUGAUGAUGAAGAAGCACCCCGACGUACUGCGAGAGGGCAGCAAGAUCGACAUGAGCGAUAUUGACAACGACCCCCUCGUUCGGUUCCAUAUAAA